AUGUUAAGCGAAUUAGUUAACUAUCACGACGGUUGUAAGUGCGGUGACAAAUGUCAAUGUGGUUCUGUAUGUAAAUGUGGCAAUAAGACUGAAGGAACUACUGAUAAAGGUUGUGCAGCCUGCGGUGAAUCAUGUAAAUGUUCCUCUGAAAGUUGCUGUGGUAAGGAUACAUGUACCUGUAAACAUUAA